ACAUCCUUCUCCUUGAAAAAGAAGCUGUAACUGCAUUUUUAGCCGUAAUGUCAGGACGCGGAAAGCAGGGAGGCAAAGCUCGCGCCAAGGCCAAGUCUCGAUCGUCCCGUGCUGGCCUUCAGUUUCCGGUGGGGCGAGUGCACCGCUUGCUGCGCAAAGGCAACUACGCCGAGCGGGUGGGGGCCGGCGCGCCGGUGUACCUGGCGGCAGUGCUGGAGUACCUGACUGCGGAGAUCCUGGAGCUGGCGGGUAACGCGGCCCGAGAUAAUAAGAAGACGCGCAUCAUCCCUCGUCAUUUGCAACUAGCUGUGAGAAAUGACGAAGAGCUCAACAAGUUACUCGGGGGUGUCACCAUUGCCCAGGGCGGCGUCUUGCCCAAUAUCCAGGCUGUCUUGUUGCCUAAGAAAACGGAAAGCCACAAGCCUGGCAAGAACAAGUAAUUAGGAGGCUUGACACCAUCCCCACUC